UUGUGUCUAGUUUUAGCGACGGUAAAAGUAAUGACGUAGUAAGACAGACUACUGACGUAGUAGACUUAGGUGAACAAGAGACCAACGUUAUGUUAGAAGUAGGCUGUGUUUUGAAUUGUAGUUGAAUAGUAAUUAGAUAUAGCGACGUUUUAGGAAGACUGGACGGAUUUCCCAAUGGUUAAUAAAGUAUCAUUUUAUAGAACUGAAUGUUGUUAUCAACUAUAGUCAACUUGUAAUGUUCUGUGGCUACUGUUAAGUAAUAAUUGAUACAUAGUCGAAGUCAGAUUAGAUUAGCCCACAACAACAGUUAAGUACUGCCGAAUGAGGAUGAAGAGAAGGUCUAGUUGAUGAAGACAGACACGGAACAGAACUGGCCGAUAUUUUCAUCUCACCAAGUUAUAGGAUAGACAACGGGAAUAUCAAUUUCCAGCCAAGACCCAACACACAGCGAGACAAGAAAGCAAAAGGCGAGAAAGAUUCUAAUACCAGAACAAAUUAUCGAUAGUCAAUGUGACUUAGCAAGAGCGUUAUUACAUUAUCUGUGUGACCAGUCGAUUCUUGGGCAAUGAGUUUAGGAACUAGGAAAUCUUCUCAAUCUACAUUUAGAAAUACGGAGUUUGUUAUUGAUGUAGAGUACAUUACAAAGGAAAAUAAAGAACUUAAAUACAGAGAAAAACAAUGCAAGAAGAAAGAAUAUCACAAGGACUAUUACAUAGCUUUGGGAGAUUUCAAGUUUCCAUGGGAACAGUUCAGAAAAGAAUACCAGCAAAUUCGAGAGCUUCCUGACCUUUUCAAAUGUAUGUCUGAUCUGACAGUCAACAUCCGGACGAAGGUAGCUACUGGAAGCGGGCUCGUUCAGAAGAUACGACGUCAUACCCUUCAGCCUUGCCCGUGUCACAAAUGUGGGGGGGAGGUGAUCAUGACCCACGCCGUGGUUACCGUGACCACGGUACUCCACGUGCUUGAUGACGAAGUGGACGACGCCCAGCGACGGGGUUACGUUAGGGGCAAAUGGGAGCCGAGCGCCACUAAGGCGGUCCUCUAUUACGACAAUGACAGCGAUUACGUCGACAAACUCCCCACCCUAGACGGUUACCGGCUCCUGGAGACCGACAAGGAAAUCAACAUAGACAGUGACUGGUGCGCGAUUGAAUUCGCGACCCACGAUUUGAAAUUGGCGGGAAAACUAGAAGCCAUUUUAGACACAUACAUGGACUUGCAGGGUAAAGUGUACAAAGCAUUUAACAGCCUUAAAGUCCCAGACAAUAAAUUGGUCAUCAUAGGUCACCCACACGGAGGUCCCAAGAGAAUGAGUAUCGGGUCCUACGAUCCUAGUAAAGUAGAGGUCCUCAAGGACGUGAGGAACUACCAACAGUGGUGCCGCUACAACUACAACAUCCUCACCUGCAAGGGCAGCAGCGGCUCACCUUUGUUUAUUUUUGGCCAACCACUGUGUGGGUUUGGUUACUGGUUCGGCCAUCCACACAACCAUUCAAAGGGAAUGCCAGAAACGAUGGAGGGUUACAGUUCUAUCGGUGUUGAGCACGUCCAGUACAAAACAAAUGAUAAAUAAACAAAGUAAGGUUACAGUUGUAUUGGUGUUGAGCACGUCCAGUACAAAACAACUGAUAAAUAAUCGAAGUAAGGUUACAAUUGUAUUGGUGUUGAGCACGCCCAGUACAAAAUAACUGAUAAAUAAUCGAAGUAAGGUUACAAUUCUAUUGGUGUUGAGCACGCCCAGUACAAAACAACUGAUAAAUAAUCGAAGUAAGGUUACAAUUGUAUUGGUGUUGAACCCGUCCAGUACAAAACAACUGAUAAAUAAUCGAAGUAAGGUUACAAUUGUAUUGGUGUUGAACCCGUCCAGUACAAAACAACUGAUAAAUAAAUGAAAGUCACAUAUGCGUCUCUCAGUUAGUGUGUGUGUACUUUAAGCAACGUGUCUCUCUCUUACGUCACUUGUCUGUGGCAAAGUUUAUCUGCUCAUCAGUUCUCAGAUGUUCAUAUAUGGCGGAAAACCUAUAAAUAGCCAUCUUUUCGGUGUAU